AUGAAUUGGGACUUUCUUGAAUCCCUUUCGAUUUUAGUCUUCGGCUCCCUCCCUCUCUUUCUUUCUCCUUUAUUCUUAUCUUCUCUCUAUUGCUCUCCCACUCUCUCACAUAAUAUGUGUCUCUCUUUUUUCUCUCAAUCGCUCUUUCUUGAUUGCUUUCUCUCUUUUUAUCUUUCCUUCUCUUUUGCGUCUUUCAACUCUUUCGCAUUCUUCUUUCUUUCUCACUCUCUCUCAGUCUUUCUCUUUUUCUAUCACUAUGUCUCUCCCUGUCUACUCUCUACCCAUCUGACUUUUCCCUAUUUGAUUUCUUUUCUCUCUCUCGCUUCCUCUCUCUGUCACUUUUAUUUCUCUUCUUCUCCAUCUUUUCCUCUGUAUCAUCCAUCUCUUUCGCUCUUAUCCUUUUACAAACACCUCUCCCUUUUUCCCUUACUCGUCUCCUCUUUUCUCUCUUCCUUUUUCUGUCACUCUUUCAUUCUUUCUUUUGAUCCCUGUCGCUGUAUUUCUUUUCUGAAACUAUCCACUGCCUUAGCUUCGCCAUCUUUUUCUCUCUGCCAAUCUUUUUUGCUUCCUCUUCCUUAUUUCGUUCUUUUUCUUCUAUCACCUUUUCACACGCUCUUCUUUUCUCUCAUUUUGCCCCGUAUCUAUCUCCUCCCUACCCAUUUCCGUUCCCCUCUUGACCUUCGGCCUUUAUUUUACUUCGGUAUCUUUCAAUUCGUUUCUUUUGUUGUUUUGUUGUCUUGA